GGAAGGAAGAAGAAGGACAGGGAAUGAGCGUGUUCGGAGGAGAUAGCUGGGCAAGAGAAGCCCAGCACCGGAAGAGAAGAGUCGACGAUCUGGCCGUGGAAGGCCUCGACGCCUCCUCCUACAAGAAGCUCUCCUCCGGCAAGUUCGCCUGCCUCGUCUGCCCUGGCGCCCCCGUCCUCGAUUCUGCUCUCAUGCUCUCCAUGCAUUGCAAGGGGUCACGCCACCUUGUUGCAUUGUCGAGAUUGAAGGAGAGAGAAUUGAAAAAGAAGGAUGAGAUCGUCAAGAGAAUAGCCUUGUCUGAUUGUAUUGCUAAUACCAGCACUAGUACUUCUAUUUUAAAUAGGAUAAAAAGUAGACCCUUGAUUGAGCAAACAAGGAAGGCCGUUUCUGAAGUACUUGAUAAGGGAAAUGCUAGACAAGACGUCCAUAACGAUGGUCACAGUGGAAAAAUAUGUGGGAAUCUCCAUGGUAAUGAAACAUCACAUGUGAGCGAAAGCUUCUCUUUCGCUGCAAAAGAAGCAGCUGAAGAGGUGGUUGUACAGCAACAACUUAGUAUGAGAGAGCGUCAUGAAAGAGAGCUCAAGUUUACUUCUGCAGGUUGGAAGCGCGACUGCAAUGGCAGAUGGUUCAAGGAUGAAAAUGUUGAAUUCGAUUCAGACGAAGAAGAUCCAAAUAUUUGUCUUGGAUAACACAUAGGUCUCACACCAUUUAUUUCAAGCGAUUGAUGGCAGAGAACUAUUAAGACUAAUGAGAGGUGUUCAUGUGAAAGUUUGAUGUCUUAACCUGCCAGGCUGAUCUCUCAUAAUACCAAUCAAAUAUUACUGCAAAUUUCCAUCCACGGGUCUUAAUUAGUUCAAGAAAUGUUUAUCUUGGUGGUGGACAAGUGCCUGCAAUUGACUUCCUAGAGAUUUGAUUCAUCUGUCAAGUUAAAGAUCUAAUUGAUCUUCUUUGACUGCUAACCUGUGAGUAUUAAGCAUACUCGACAGAGCACCAGAUGAAUAAUUAGGGUGAUGUUGGUGAGAAACUAGAGUUUUAUGUGCUUGCUUAAGUGGUGUAUAAGUUAUUAGUGCGUCACUCCUACUGACUUGGAGCUUUUCCCAAGUAGAUAGAACUGAAAAAAGGGUGGGUUCUUGAUAUGGAGAAUCCCAAUCUCUCUACUUAUUCUGUUCUUGGUGAACUCAUGUAAGAUCUAGUGGGUCAGAUGUCAUUACUGCAGGAUGCACGAGUAUGUUAUGCAAUUCAUGUACCACGCAGGACGUGUCAACUCAACAUUGUCAAACCAUCAAUGGUUCUUUGUUCUUUUUGUACAUCUCAGAAAGAA